UGCAAUUACCAUCGUCAACAUAAAGAAACCAUUACUAUGAUACAUCUCUAUCCGCCCUAAGAGGAGAAGCUGCCAGCAAACAUAUAUACUUUCAUCUUUCUUUCUCUCUCCCAUCAUCCCUGUCCAACUCUCUGUAUAGUAUUCAUUGCUUUGGCUACUUUCGUGCCUCAGAAUUACACCGAGAGAUUCGGUCACUGUUUCUGCUACGUUUCACCACGUGCAUGAAGGGUUUCGUUCUGGAUUGAUCUUUCUUUUACUUCUUUUCUUUUCGGGGAAAACCCAUCUUAAUUACGUUUCUUUCUUCACCAUGAGUGGUGCUAACCAAUUGCUCUCUGUUCAUCCUGAAGAGCUUAUGUUCCAAGUUGAACUGGAAAAGCAGACCUAUUGCGAUCUUACAGUAACCAACAACACGGAGAAUUAUGUUGCGUUUAAGGUGAAAACUACUUCUCCAAAGAAGUACUUUGUAAGACCAAACUCUGGUAUUGUACAGCCAUGGGACUCUUCUGUAAUCAGAGUUACCCUUCAAGCACAAGGAGAAUACCCUGCAGAUAUGCAAUGCAACGACAAAUUUCUGCUACAGAGCACAAAAGUCCAGCCGCUUAGCGAAGUUGAUGAACUUCCACCAGAUACUUUUACAAAGGAAGGUGGAAAGAAAAUUGAGGAGCGCAGACUGAGGGUUGUCUAUUCAUCUGCUCAAGGUGCUCUUGGAAGUUCGGACAAUGAAGGAUUGAAGAGAAAUUAUGAUGGUGAAAAUUCUUUGCAGAAUCUGAAAGAUGAAAGAGACACAGUUGUAAGGCAAACACGUCAGCUUCAGCAAGAACUGGAUAUGCUGAAGAGACAAAAGAGCAGAAAGGGUGGGUCUGGAUUCUCUCUUGCGUUUGCGAUAAUGGUUGCAAUAGUUGGAAUCAUCGUUGGAUUCCUUAUGAAAAUCGCAUUGUCCUCUUGAGCGAUAUUGUUUGAAGUUACGAUUGCCAAAGUUGGUCUCUCUUCCUUCCUACCUGCUAAUUUGAUUGUAGUAUAAUUUUCUAAAAAGAAAAACACAAGAUUAUCAAUUAUCUUAUUUAUUCCUAUGUAAAUUUCUUGAUUGAUUCAUGGAAUUCUUUGUGGAAUGAAAUUGAUUUCUUCCUUUUGGUAUUA